AUGAUGGGCAGCCUCCUUCAGAUCAGGCGAUCUUCGCCAUCAUCCAGCAGGAUCGCGCUCACUGCGCUAAGCCAUCUGCUCUCUGGGAAACCACUCUCUGUUUCCUCUAAUGCCCUCAUUUCCUCGCAUAUUCACACGUAUGGCACUGAACCCCCUCUGGUCAGGCCUUCUUCGCCGGCGUUUGGGCUGACGAGGGGUUUCCAUUCGAGCCUGGCUCUGCGGGCUGGGUUUGCUGUGGCCGAUUAUUCUGAUGCCGAGGAGAAAAGGGACUCUUCAAGCGAGUCAUCGGAUGAGGGGCUUGAGAUCUCAAAGCUUGGGAUUUCGCAGGAUAUUGUAUCGGCCCUGGCGAGUAGGGGUAUCCAGAAGCUUUUCCCUAUUCAGAGGGCAGUUUUGGAACCUGCCAUGCAGGGACGUGACAUGAUUGGUCGGGCAAGAACUGGGACAGGGAAGACACUGGCUUUUGGGAUCCCUAUCAUGGAUAAAAUCAUUAAGUUCAAUGAGAAACAUGGCCAGGGCAGAGAUCCUUUGGCACUUAUUCUGGCUCCUACAAGGGAACUUGCUAAACAAGUGGACAUAGAAUUUGCUGAGUCUGCCAAAAAACUAGAUACAUUAUGUGUUUAUGGGGGUGUUCAAAUAGCCCGUCAAAUGAGUACCCUGGACCGUGGUGUUGAUGUAGUUGUUGGGACCCCUGGCCGUGUCAUUGAUUUGAUCAAGCGUGGGUCCCUUAAUUUGUCAAAAGUGCAAUAUGUUGUCCUUGACGAGGCUGAUCAGAUGCUUAAUGUGGGAUUUGCUGAUGAUGUCGAGACUAUCUUGGGAUAUAUUACACAGAAGCAUCAGACAAUGAUGUUUUCAGCUACAAUGCCAAACUGGAUCCAGAAACUUAUUCAAAAAUUCUUGAAAAAUCCAGUUACCAUCGACCUUGUGGGAGAAAAUGAUCAGAAAUUAGCUGAUGGGAUUUCCUUGUAUUCAAUUGCAUCUGACUUGAGAGAAAAACCAGCAAUACUCGGCCCUCUGAUAACUGAGCAUGGCAAAGGAGGUAAAUGUAUUGUAUUUACCCAAACAAAGCGUGAUGCUGAUCGAUUGGCGUAUGCGAUGCAAAAGACUUUUAAAUGCGAACCACUGCAUGGUGAUAUUUCACAGAACCAAAGGGAGAGAACUCUGUCUUACUUUCGGGAUGGCCGAAUCAAUGUUUUAGUGGCAACUGAUGUGGCAGCUCGUGGACUUGACGUGCCAAAUGUUGAUCUGGUUAUACAUUAUGAAAUUCCCAAUACCCCGGAGACUUUUGUCCAUCGAUCUGGACGAACAGGUCGUGCUGGAAAGAAAGGUACCGCAAUUCUUAUGUAUACAGCACACGAACGUAGGGAUGUCCAAACAAUCGAACGUGAUGUGGGAUGCCAGUUCAAUGAGCUCCCGAAGAUAGCUGUUGAACCUGGGUCCUUGGACAUGUAUGGUGGCAUUGGAGGGGGUAGUCGUUUUGGUUCUGGUGGAAGGAUGGGAGGUGGCCGUUUUGGCGAUUCCGGUUUUGGACGUUCAGGUGGUUUUGGUGAUUCUGGAUUUGGACGCUCUGGAGGUUCCGGGGGUGGUUAUGGAGGUUCCGGUGGUGGUAGGUCUGGUGGUUAUGGAGGUUCCGGUGGUGGCAGGUCAGGUGGUUAUGGAGGUUCCGGUGGUGGUAGGUCGGGUGGUUAUGGAGGUUCAGGGGGUGGAGGUUUUGGAUCGGGCCUGGGUGGGCCAGCUAGGAACAGUGGAUUUGGAAGCGGAGGUCGCUCGAGCGGAUUUGCCAAUGGUGGUCGCUCGAGCGGCUUUGGGGAUUUUAGUUCGAGUGGAUUUGGCAGUUCGCAAUCUGGUCAAAGUUCCCGUUCGACUCGUUUUGGUGAUUUUGGUGAUGACAAUAAGCGUGAUAAGAGGAGUUCGGGGAUAAAUUUUGAUUUCUGA